GCCGAGUCCGCCACCAACGGAGGUCCCGAGCGGGCCCGCGUCCCGCCAUGAAGUUUCGAGCCAAGAUCGUGGACGCGGCCUGUCUGAACCACUUCACGCGGCUGUUGGGAGGCUGACAUGACUUCAGCGGUAUUAAAGUGCUGUCCAGUGGAUGUCACUGUAAACCGUUCUCUUUCCACCGGGAAGUUGCACCGUGUUGAACUACUUCUGCAAACUAAGUUGGCCCCGGGGACACUGGAUGUGCUUCUUAGUAAAUCCUUCCUUUGUGCCCCUGCUGUAGGAGUCAGUAACAUGAUAGCCAAGCUUGCCAAAACCUGCACUCUCCGCAUCAGCCCCGAUAAGCUGAAUUUCAUCCUCUCGGACAAGUUGGCCAGUGGAGGGGUGAGCAUGUGGUGUGAGCUGGAGCAGGAGAACUUUUUCAGCGAAUUUCAAAUGGAAGGUAUCUCCGCAGCAAACAAUGAGAUAUAUUUAGAGCUAACAUCGGAGAAUUUAUCUCGAGCCUUGAAAACUGCCCAGAAUGCCAGAGCCUUGAAAAUAAAGCUGACUAAUAAACACUAUCCCUGCCUCACAGUCUCUAUAGAGCUGUUAUCUGUGUCGAGCAGUAGUCGCAUCGUGACACACGACAUUCCCGUAAAGGUUAUUCCUAGAAGAUUAUGGAAGGAUUUGCAAGAACCUACAGUCCCAGACUCUGAUGUUAGUAUUUAUUUACCAGUCUUGAAGACCAUGAAGAGCGUUGUGGAAAAAAUGAAAAACAUCAGCAAUCAUCUUAUUAUUGAAGCAAACCUAAAUGGAGAAUUGAACUUGAAAAUAGAAACUGAACUAGUGUGUGUUACAACUCAUUUUAAAGAUCUUGGAAAUCCUCCAUUAGCCUCUGAAAAUGCUUCCCAAGCUAGAAACCCAGAACAAAUGGCUGAAGUGCACAUAGACAUUAGGAAGCUCCUGCAGUUUCUUGCUGGACAACAAGCAAAUCCUACAAAGGCCGUAUGCAGGGAUUUAGGAGGAGGCCAGCUGGCUGACUGCAGUGGUUGUGACGGACAGACUCUGGGAAAGUCCUCGGUGCCCAGGUCCCGGGUCUCAGCUAAAGGCAUUUCUCGUGACUGGGAAAGGUGUGUCUGGAUGGCCUGCUCCCCUUCCUUGAAGAGCACAGCGUCUGUGAGAGCUGAGGAGAAUGGAGGCCUUCGUCUCUGUAGCCAGAGCCUCAGUCCUCCCCACGAAGGAGUGCGAGUCGAGGUCCGCGUUGAUCAUGCGCGUUUUGUGAGUGACUGGACAUUGAGCUGUCCUCCAGGCAUUGCGACAGGGACGGAAGACGACGUGGAAGUAGAGAACCCGACCUCGUCAGCUUCAUGGGGGAAGGUAUUCCUGAGUGCGAGUACUUCCAUGUCGGGGAAAUCAAGUUUUUCCUCCCAAAACAGCGCACAUACGUGUCCAGCGCAGUGCAGGAAAGCCUCCAGGGUUCUGCAGUGGUGGAUCAGACAUGGUUUCCUAUUACGUGUGUUGUGUCAGUGAAGCAAGGUUAAGCUGUAAAACCUUGAUUUUGUUGUGACAAACCUGGAUACUGUCCGGAGACAGGGCGCGCUGAUAGGGAGCACCCCAGAGGGCUCCGCCUCAGCAAGGCUUCCUGCAGCUGCCCGAAGGACAGAAACCCUGUUAUUUUUCCAUGAGGGGCUCUUUGUAGGCCUCUGUGCAUAAGACUGGGCUACUCAGAGGUAUGAGCACUUGCAUCUGGUUAUCAGAAUGGCCAACGGAGGGAGGUGGGGCUGUGAAGGGCUGGGAAGGGGGCAGGGAUCUCCGUGGUGCAAGAAGAGAAGCAAGGAAGUGUCUUAGCGAGUAAGUGCGGUGCGGUGCCUGCAGCACAAAACGACCCAUGUGUGACGUGCUUUUUGCUGAGAGUGAGCUCUGACUCCAAACAGACAAAUGCAGUCAGCCCAGAGUCUUGCAUUUGAUGUUCUACUUCAAAGGAGCCUGUUCUCCAGAAGCUCCUGGAACCUCCACAACCUUGGCAGAGGUCAUCCUGCAGUUCAAUUGCAGUGUUCCUCAAGGAGGUGACAUCGCAUGCCCUUCCCCAGGCUCACAGUGCCUCAGACGGCCUUUGUGUCUGAAAGCUAAUGUCCUCUCAGCCCAUCGUGUUUCUGUCUGGAGCUUCCACGCUCAGCUGCCGCUUUGGGAAAGGAGAGUUCAAAGGGGUGUGUUCAGGUUAACAAGAAACGAUGUUGGCAAAGAUGGACUUCUGAUAAUCUAAGAGCAGGAGGUCAGGACAGGUUUGAUUUUAGGUGAGAUUACUUGUUCCCCAUAUUACACAGGGUCCAUAGCCACACACAGACUUGCCCAAGAUUCUCAGCCACCUUCCCCUCCUGCCUCCAGACACAAGUGGCCUCAGCUUCUUGCACCGCUGCAGAGCUGCCACACAAAAUCACUAAACGAACAAACGGUGCCCCAGGCCUGCCUCUGAGGAUGCUAAUAAAGUCAGCCUGGCUUGUCCCGAGAGGUGUGCUCAUUACCUACCUCUCCCUACUCCCCGCACCUGCCCAGGUGACUCUCCUGUGUGGCCAGCCCAGAAGCUCUGCUUUCUUCACAACAGAUGCCAUAAGAGUUCAGCCGUCGUGUCCCAAAAGGCUUGGUCCUGCUGAUUGUGCCAUGGGGAUCUCCGUGGUUCUGUGCUUCCAGUCAACCUUGAGCUCACUGCUACAUGCACCUGACAACUUUGCCCCCAAGAACCCCGGUGGAGUAGGACCAAGCCAGGGUCAAAUACGGUCAAGUGAUGGCCACUUGGGCCUGUGAACCAAGGCCCUGGACCCAUUUGAUAGUUAGGUGUUGUCGUACCAUAGGGUUGUGCAAGGUUGAGAUUCUGCAUGGAGUUUGUAAACUGCUUCUGCUGCAAGGGGAAAUACAGAGAUGGCUCUCUAACUUCAGCAGGAUACAAAGAGUAUUUUCUAUUGGUGGAGUUGAUUAUAACAAGAUUAGGUAAAAGUCAUAGUAGGUUAAAUGUUACAUAUAGGGUUAAUAAUAAAAUUCAGCUUUCUAGAACAAA